AUGAACGGCACCAACGGCUUCAACGACGCCAGCCCCCCAGCCGUUGGCCCAGCGGACAUGGUCUCCAUAGACUGCGUGUAUCCUGAUCCUGAGAAAUUGAACGAAUCCGAGACUGGAAAUGAAGCUAACGAUAAUCGUUUUGAAGAGGUGUUCGAGAGACUGAAGAAAAUCGAAGCUCAUGUGUUCUCUUCCGAACCUGUCGCGCAGAAUGGCUCCCCCCAGCAAAGUCCACUCAUAAGUCUGGCAAGAUCUCAUGGCAUCGAGAGCCCGAACCCCACGAACUGGGCCCUAGAACCCGGAACUCUCAAACCACAAUACAUGACCUUGAUCUUAUGGCAGAGCAUACUAGCCACGCUAGAUGAGCACAAAGCAACAAUCCACGGCAUGACCCGCAUGUACAUCUCGAAAACAGACCAAUGGCUUCCCAUGGUUUCCAACAUCAAGUUUCAAAAGGAGCUUCCUCUCUUUGAAAAACUGGUGUCGUCCGACAAAUUUGUGCUUCUGGUCCUGGCAAUGCACCUGGUCGUUUCGGCGCCUGCUGAUCAUCCUCCUGCUGCUUCUCUUGCAGAGUCGCGGUGGUAUCGGAAGUGCAAGUAUCUUUUCCAGUAUUUCGUGGGUUUCAGAGAGCCGAACAUCGAGCUGAUACAGGCUGGGAUGCUGAUCGCUGUAUUCGAGUUCAGUCACUGCAUUGAGGACCGCGCGUUGACGACUUUGGGGAUCUGCUGUCGACUGGCGUAUUUGCUUGAUUUUGAUGAAGUCAUGGCUAAACACGCAUCGCAAGAUUUGGGAAAGCUGAGCGCGGACGAUGAGGAGAUCAUACUGACAUGGAUGGGUCUCACGCGACUUGAAAGAUAUUUCAACAUGCCACCAACAAUCGUUCCGAAAGCCCAAUGCAUGCCUCUCCACUUCGACAGCAAUCCUGCCUCUGGAUGUGCCAGCCCAUACGAAGGACCAUCCGUAUCGAAUUUCUCAACUGUAGAGAUUGAAAUACUCGCCGGGUGCGUCUACGAAUACGACGCUGCGCAGCGCAACGGUCGCGUGCAAAAGUUCAUUCGCGACAAUCGCUACGCGCCAAUCUCGCCCGAACUCACUGAAAAGAUACAAGUUAUAUUACAAGAUCUCCAAGAGUAUUUAGACAUGAGAAAAGCCCAGAUGUCGCAAGAUGGCUCGUGGUCUGGCAUUCACGUCGUGCUAGGAGCCGCUUUACACAUGCAAUGCUUCUUCGUUGCCAAGCAAGGAACGCUCGACCCUGUGUCGAUGCGCUCCCUACACUCCUACAUCGACCAACUCCGCUCUGUCAUGUCAAGCUGCCGCACGGUCUAUGGAUUCGAAGAGAAUUACCUCGACGGUAUACAACCAACGUGGUGUAGCUUGCCGUAUCACGCGAUCAGGUCUUAUAGAUUGAUUGAGGAGGCAGAUACCCAGGGAGAGCUGCCGAGGAUCGAUAUGACACUUUUCAUGGAGACGCUGCAGAUCAUGGCGUCGAAAUACAAGCUUGCAGGCCGGAAAAGCACCAGCAUAAUCCAACCGCACAAGCAAUCACGAAAUUUACACGAGGCCUACCAAGUCGUUGUGCCUUUUCCGAUCUCGCUUACCGAGCCGUCAAAAUACCUGCCGCUCCGCGGUGAAGCGGCAUCUGCUACCCCACACAAUGAAUCCCACAAGCGCGGCGCUUACCCCCAAGCCGGCGGCACUGUAAUGGCAUCUCAUAUCGACGAUGCCGACCCCAUCGACUCCAAGCAGAGCAAUCUCUCGGCGAUAGACAAAGAGGCGGAAAUAGUGCAAGCGCAGCAGCCUCUCAGCGUGCAAGACCGAAAAGACGAGGAAGUGGUUGCGCAAGAAGAAGAAGCGAAGCCGGGAUUGCCGUUCUCGAAAGCGAGGGCCAUUGCGCUUGUUGUGACGGUCACGGCGGCUUCGUUCUUGAAUACUUUGGGCGUGCAGAGCUCGGUCAUCAUUCUUCCGACUAUCGGCAAGGCGCUGGAUAUUCCCGAUUCGCGACAGCAGUGGAUUGUUUCGGCGUAUAAUCUGUCUUUUAGUUGUUUUCUGCUAGUCUGGGGUCGCCUCGCAGAUGUGUACGGCAAGAAAAUCAUAUUUGUAUGGGGAUGUGUUUGGAUAACUAUUACUUCGAUUCUCGUCCCCUUCAUCCCCAAUGAGAUCGGUUUCGACAUAUUCCGUGGGCUUCAGGGUCUCGGCGCUGCGGCCAUGGUGCCAACCGCAAUAGGCAUCCUAGGCACGACCUUUCCGCCCGGAAAAGCGAAGAACUACGCUUUCUCAUGUUAUGGCGGCGGCGCGCCGCUUGGAGGAGUCUUCGGCAACAUCUUCGGCGGGGUGCUGGGUCAGUACUUGGAAUGGAAGUGGGUUUUCUGGAUCUUCGGCAUCCUCACUGCCAUCGUUACCGUCGCCGCCAUCUACGUUAUCCCACCACCGCCGGUAAAGCGCGAACCACAGCUCAAUAAGAUGGUCGACUGGUUGGGCGGCUCAAUCGUUACCGUCGGCCUGAUCAUCCUGCUCUUCGCGCUCUCCGAAGGGAACGUCGUAGGCUGGAGCACACCCUGGGUAGGCACCCUCAUCGGCAUCUCCCUCCUCCUCCUCAUCGCCUUCGGCUUCUGGCAGCACCACCUCGAAACGAAAACAGACCGCCAGCCCCUGAUGAAGAUCUCCAUCUUCAAAAACACCCGCUUCACAGCCGCUAACAUCAUCAUGCUCAUGUUCUUCACCUCCUUCAACAACUUCCUCAUCUACGCAACGUACUGGUUCCAGGACUACCAGGGCCUAUCUAUCAUACAGACGACGCUGCGCUUCAUACCCAUGGGCGUUACAGGUGUCCUCGUCGCAAUCGUAACAUCGCAGCUUCUCUCUCGCGUCCGCGGCGACUUCAUCUUAGCCUGGGGCACCAUCUGCAUCGCGCUCGCUUCGCUCCUCUUCGCCAUUCCCAUCCCCUCAGGUACAACCUACUGGGCCUACGCCUUCCCCGCUAUGAUCCUCUCCGUCUUCGGCGCAGACACACUCUUCCCCACCCUCACGCUCUUCGUCGCGAAGUCCCUGCCGGCGGAGGACCAAGCGCUAGGAGGGGGGCUGGUUAACAUGGUGGGGCAGUUUGGACGGGCGUUAGGGCUAGCAAUUGCGACGGCGGUGCAGACGGGUGUUAUGGCGAGGGAGAGGGGUGUGAGCGUUGAUGAGAUUGGGAGUGGGGAGGCGGGGGCGAAGGUGGGGAUCCAGCCUUGA